AUGGACAACACGAGCACAACUCAACCUACUAACCCAUCGUCUUCGUCCAACGAAGCAAUUGAAGACGGUUCUCGAACUGUCACAGCCACAUCCAGCACCAGCUCCUCGUCUUCCUAUUGCCCCGACUGCCCCAUAUGCAACCCACCCGACGGCAAAUCAUCCAAUGCCUCUGCAUACGGCACCAUUGAACCGCUGUCUUACGAUCAACCACCUGAGCCAACUUUCCUCGAGUCAACAGUAGAAGCAUGCGCUGAACUCUGCUGCUGCAUCUGUGACAGCCCUCCUCCAUCGAUCCGAACAAGCGACUGGUCGUCGACGACCUAUCCUUCUUCAAUCUCAUCAAACUCGUACUCCUAUAGCGGAACGGAGACAGGGUCCUCUCAAAGUCAAACAAGCGAUGCCGAAACUGUUCAUACACACGCGCAUAGGCACAGUGACGGAUAUAAAAGGCAACAAGAGAUGCGACCCUCUGUUCAGGACCCGCAAAGUCUUUCCAGCAAUCUCAGCAACAACUCGGUAACUCAUAGUGGCGAAAAAAAGAAGUCAUAUUCGAUAGCUUAA